AUGCGCGCCUUCAUUGUCUUGUGUUUAGUGGCUACGGCUUGUGCCCAAUAUAAUUAUCAAGUUGGAGGAGGUUCUGGAGUCAGCAGUGGAUCAUUCAAUGCUGGUGCUGCUUCUGGCUCGGGUUCCUUUGAUGCCUUGAAUCUUGGAGGAGGCGUCUCAGGUGGUGUUGGUGCUGGUAGUAGCUUCGGUGUUGGUUCCAGUGGCAGCCUUGGAGGAAGCGUGUCAAGUGGUGUUGUUGGUGGUAGUAGCUUUGGCGUUUCAGGCAGUAGCGGUCCAGCUUUGGAAGCUACUUCAUCAUACGGUGUAUCCGGUUCAGGUUCCUCAUUUACUGCCUCGUCGUCUGCCAGUCCAGCAUUCACUGGCAGCUCACAAGGUUCCUUCGUUGGUGCAUCUAACGUUGCUCCCGCCCAAGCUGAAUUAGAGAAGGAGUUCUAUACUUUCACCGCCAACGAAGAAGAUUUCACUGAACCUGCCGCUUCCAACCAAAUCAACAGUGUUACCAAACAAGGACUCCGUGUUAUUUUCAUCAAGGGUCCCGAAAACACAGGUCUGGAAAAUGCUGCCUUGAGUUUGGCCAAGUCCGCUGCUGAACAACAAACCGCCAUCUACGUUCUCAGCAAACAAGCCGAUCUCUCUGCUUUGGCCAACAAAUUGAAUACCGCCAACGAAAAUGUUAGCCACAAACCUGAAGUUCAUUUUGUCAAAUACCGUACCCCUGAAGACGCUGCCAAUGCCCAAAGAGCCAUUCAAGCUGAAUAUGAUGCCUUGGGUGGUAAAUCGGAACACAUCAAUGGUGGUGUUGCUUCAUCCUUGAACUUUGCUUCUGCUGCUCCCGCUGCUACAGCUGUUCAACAAGGUGCAUCAUUCCAAGCCGGUACAGCUGGUCAACAAGGUGGUUCAUUCCAAGUUGGUACCGUCGGACAACAAGGUGGUUCAUUCCAAGUAGGUACAGUUGGACAACAAGGUGGUUCAUUCCAAGCCGCUGCCGGUGGUCAACAAAGUGGUGCAUUCCAAGCCGCUACUAGUUCUACCUACUUGCCUGCCUCCGUUAUCCGCCGUUUCCGUUCGUAAAUUGUUGUGUGAUUUUUAGAGCCUGAUGAGGCAAAGCUGAUACAAUUUUUUUUUAUG